AUGACGGGAACAGAGGCUGCAGGCUCAAGUAACCUGGUUAUGGGUUAUUGUGUAAUAGCUGGGAUGAAAUGUUGUGUGUUGUAUGAUUCUAGAGCGACACACUUCUUUGUGUCAGAUGCUUGUGUGAAAUGUCUAAGCCUGCCGGUGUGUGAGCUACAGUGUGAGCUGGUGGUAUCUACUCCGGCGUCAGUUUUGGUCAGGAUGUCGUCCUUAUGUUUUAGCUUACCGAUGGAGGUAAAAGGACGCAGGUAUAAAGGGAACCUAAUUUGCCUACCUCUACAAGAGUUGGAGGUGAUCUUAGGGAUGGAUUGGCUCUCUACCAAUCACAUUCUUAUAGAUUGCCAAGAGAAGAGGUUGUUAUUUCUCGACUUAGAGGAGCCUGAGUUAGUAUCUUCUUAG